AUGUCUCGAAAAUUAUCUGACCUUCCAGUAAGCUCCACCUUUACGGAGAACUUGACACCCGAUCCACUUGUUCCAACGGUUGAUGCCUUGAAGAAUGCGAGCGAUGAAAUGAUACAUAUGCCGCGAAAAGUUAAUGGCGGCGCUUUGUUUACAUAUGUAACACCAUCGAUGGAUGCAAAGUCGAAAUUACUAGGCUACAGCCCUUCUUCCAUGAAGUCGCUUGGGUUAAAUGAAAGUGAAGCACAAACGGAAGCUUUUCAAAAGCUGGUUGUGGGCAAGAGUAUCGACGUUGACAAGUGUUGUCCUUGGUCGCAAUGUUAUGGAGGAUUUCAAUUCGGUGAUUGGGCCGGUCAGUUGGGUGAUGGUCGAGUUGUUUCCUUGUGUGAAUUGACUAAUCCGGAUACCAAAGAACGUUAUGAAAUCCAAGUAAAGGGAAUAGGACGUACCCCUUAUUCUCGAUUUGCUGAUGGAAAGGCUGUGGUGCGCUCUAGUAUCCGUGAACACUUGUGUUGUGAAGCUUUACAUGCACUGAACGUGCCUACGACGAGAUCUCUCGCUAUAUCUACUCUUGAUGGUGUAGCCGCCAUGCGUGAAACAAUAGAACCCUGUGCAAUCGUCUGUCGUAUGGCGCCCUCCUGGAUCCGUAUUGGAACUUUUGAUCUGCCAGGAGUCAAUGGAAAUCUAGAUUCAAUACGAAAACUGGCCGAUUAUUGCUUGGACCACGUACUCACGAAAGAUUUUCAAGGACAAGGACUCGGAAACCGUUAUGAGCAGUUGUUACGUGACGUCGCUUUUCGAAAUGCGAAAUGUGUUGCAAAAUGGCAAGUUUACGGGUUUAUGAAUGGCGUUUUAAACACGGACAAUACAAGUAUUUUGGGGCUAUCUAUGGACUUUGGUCCUUUUAGUUUUAUGGAUACUUACAACCCAUCAUUUACACCCAAUCAUGAUGAUCUUUUUUUGCGCUACUCAUAUGAGCGACAACCAUCUGUUAUAAUCUGGAAUCUUGCUAAAUUAGCUUCGGCUUUGUUGGAAUUCAUCGGUGCAAAAGGUCAGGUCGAUGAUCCACAAUUUAUGGAAAAGUUACACAGCACUCCAGAAUUACUUUCGGAAGCUCACGAUUAUACUCUACAAGUAUUUGAAAACAUUGCUAAAGAAUUCUUAUCAAUUGUCCGGGAAGACUACUUUCAACUAAUGACAGCUCGUUUGGGACUACCUGAUGAUGCCACUGCUCGAAAACAGGUUAUUGAUGCUCUUGAAAUUUUAGAAAAUUAUGAUCUAGAUUACCCAAACUUCUUUUCAUUUUUGACAAGAAAUAUUGAAGAAGCCGAAGGUUCUUCUUCUGCGGAACAAUUGUUUAAUUUCUGCAUCAGUAGUUUUAACGAAAAGAAUCCCCGUUUUCGUAAUGAAGCCAUCGGGAAGUUCCAAGAAUGGCUGGAUUCGUACCAUCAACUAUGCGCAGAGAUUCCAAAGGCUACGAGACUAAAUACUAUGAAGUCUGUAAACCCUCAUUUCACGUUGAGAAACUGGAUCCUCGAGGAAAUCAACAAGAAGGCUUAUGAGGGUGACUAUGACUUGUUUCAUAAAGUUUCAAAAAUGACUGCUUCUCCUUUUGAAGACUCAUGGGGAUUUCCAAAGGACUUUGAAGAUACUUAUUGUUACAGCACGGGUCCUACGAAGAGUCAAAUCCAAUGCUCCUGCUCUAGUUAA